GAUAGCCGCUGUCUCAGAAGAAUUACGGACCAUCCUAAUCUAGUGGCGGCGAUGGCCACCCGACGCCUCGCCGGCGUCCAACUGGGAUUCAAACGCCGACCAAAGAUAUUUCCUCCAACACCGUCACCAUCAGAAACACUGCCACAAAUCGCCGCCGCCGCCGCCUCCUCCUCCCCCCUCCAUAGAAUAGUCCCUUCCUCGGAACUCUCACCGGUCCGAGACUCCUCCCCCGCCGCCACAGUCACCCCCCUCUCUUCUCUCCUCCCUCUCUCCCUCAACCCCUUCAACGUCGCCGUCGAUCGCAUCACCUCCCGACUCAAACAGCAACAGCACCGCGACGAAGCAGAAAUAGGCGGCGAAGCAGAACCGUUUCUGGAAGCCCACCUCGUCCCUUUCCUCCGCCCCGAAGAUGUCUCUCGCGUCCUCCUCCGCUGUCAAUCCCUCCCCCUCCCCUCUCUCCGCUUCUUCCGCUGGGCUCAGUCCCACCUCCUUCCCCCCGCCCACAGCUUCGCCCUCCUCGCCCACCUUCUCGCCUCCUCCCCCGCCUCCUCUCCCCACACCCUCCCCCUCCUCUCCGAUCUCGUCCGCUACUACCCAGACGACGCCUUCCAAGCCCUCUUAGCCGCCGAAUCCUCCGUCGCCUUCCCCCGCCCAGCCAUCACCUUCGGCUUGCUCGUCAAGGUCUACGCCAGCCUCGGUCGCAUCACCGACGCCAUCAACGCCUGCCGUAGGGCCGCUGCCGCCGGAUUCUCCCCCAACGCCGACGCCUUCAAUUGCCUCCUCCACUCCCUCGCCAAGGCCGGAAGCCACGACCAGUGCUGGAACUUGUAUGGCGAAAUGAGGACCACCGGCGUCCUUCCCAACACGUACACCUUCAACAUACUCAUCCUCUCCCUGUGCCGCGGCAGCGACGGCAGCGCACGCGCCGUCGAGUUCUUGGAUGAGAUGGAAUCGGAAGGGUUCGAUCCCGACAUCGUCACCUACAAUACCCUCAUGGAUGGGUACUGCCGGAAGGGCAUGCUGAGCGACGCCUUCUACCUUUACAGAGUCAUGCAACCGAGGGGGGUUGAACCCGAUCUCAUCUCCUACACCAUCCUGACCAACGGGCUAUGCGGAGAGGGUGAUGUUUUCAAGGCACGGCAGCUGUUCGACGAAAUGCUUCACAGAGGCAUCUGCCCGGAUACCUACUCAUAUAACGUUCUGUUGAACGGGUACUGCAACGGAGGGAAGCUGAGGAAGUCGAGGUUGCUGGUUCAGGAGAUGAUCGCCAGAGGCUUGUCGCCGGACAAUUUCACGGUCGGCAGGAUCGUGGAAACUCAUGUGAAGAGUGGAAGAUUGCUUCCAUGUUUGAACUUGAUUGCCUUGCUCAAGAAAGUGAGGGUUACUAUCCCCUUUGAUGUUCACAAGUGCCUUAUCGACGCUCUGUGCUCGGAGGGCAGGCCGAGCGCGGCAAGGAGUCUGUUGAAACAGAUGCAACUUGAUGGGCAUGAACCUGACACACAGAUGUAUAAUUUGCUCAUCGAUGCAUUUUGCUCAUCAAAUUCAUUGCAAGCAGAAGCAUUCGGUUUGAAGGAUGAGAUGGUUGAAAAAGGUGUUAGCCCUGAUAUCGUUACAUACCGAACUCUUAUUGAAUACCUGUGCAGAUCAAGCAAAACCUUGGAGGCCGAGUGCUUGAUGGAGGAAAUGAUCGAGGGAAGCAUUCGACCAGACUCAACCAUAUGUGCUGCCUUGGUCGGUGGAUGGUGCGAGAUAGGGGAUCUUCACAGAGCAGAAGCAGUUCUGGUGUUCUUCGCCGAAAUGUUUCAGAUUCAUGAGAGCAACAGCUACAACUCCGUCAUGAAAUUGUGUUGCAUGGGAGGAGAUUCAUCCAAAGCAUUUGAGCUUCAAGAUAGGUUGCUGAGAUUAGGGUUCAUACCCGAUGGCGAAACAUGCAGGUGGCUGGUUCAUGGACUAUCAAAAAGUAGAAAUGUUAGCCAGCAUUGUGACCAUAUGCACAAGUGACUGUAAAACUUGGAUGAGUUAGCAAGUUUCAGCUGCGGCAACAGACAGAAGAUUUUGCGAAAAUUGAAUGAAUUGAUGAGGAUCUUGUGUUGCUGGAAAUUCUGACCCCGAAAUACUGCAGCUAAAUGCGCUACAAGGAAUCAAACCAAGCAACUUGGUGAUAUGAAAAGGUUGGAAUUCAUAACUGAUGCAAACUUAGAGCGAGAUGUUCCACCAUAAUUUGAUGAUCAAUUGUAUAAUAAAUUUAUGAGGCUAGAAUAAUCAUAAAAUGUAGUAAAAUACUUAUCACAAUUUGAAAAUUUAUGCAAGCUUAUGAUAUUAAUA